AUUCGACGUUUUUUCUCGGGCUUGCAUACGACCUUUCCGUCCACCUCGACGACGAAGCCACCACCUCAACCCUCCUCACAACCGGUCUCAACGCGAAGAUGCGCUACAUCCACAGUGAGGAGACCCUCGAGGUCCCCGAGAACGUCAAGGUCUCGAUCAAGUCGAGGCUCAUCACCGUCGAGGGGCCCCGCGGCAAGCUCACCAAGGACCUAAGCCAUAUCGCGGUUAACUUCUCCGCGCCCAAGAAGAACGUGAUCGGCAUCGAGAUUCACCAUGGCAGCCGCAAGAACGUCGCCGCUCUCCGCACCGUCCGAACGAUCAUCAACAACCUCAUCAUUGGUGUCACCAAGGGCUUUAAGUACAAGAUGAGAUACGUCUACGCUCACUUUCCCAUCAACGUGAACGUGGAGAAGAACGCCGAGACUGGUUGCUUCGAGGUCGAGAUCCGGAACUUCAUCGGUGAGAAGAUCGUCCGGAGGGUCGUCAUGCAGGCCGGCGUGGAUGUCGAGAUCUCGAAGACCCAGAAGGAUGAGCUCGUCCUCAGCGGUAACUCGCUCGAGGCCGUCUCGCAGAGUGCUGCGGACAUCCAGCAAAUUUGCAAAGUGCGGAACAAGGAUAUCCGGAAGUUCUUGGACGGUCUGUACGUCUCGGAGAAGGGCAACCUUGUCGAGGAGUGAUGGGCGGCCAUGGGUUUCUUUGUGCUUUAUGGGUCUCAACCGGAGUGGCAAGGGGUCAAUCGGCAUUUGCAUGUUUCGUAGCGUAAAAAGUCGCUACUGCAAAAUGGGCAACCUUCUGAACCACAAGGUGUUGGGUGCUUGCCAAUAUCACUUCCUUCACGAGGCACGCCCUUCCAGUCGAUGAAUGAUGAUCACGAAUUUCCGGCCAGCCAUCGUCUGGGGAACCCGAGUAGCGGGUCCGGAUCAGGGGCUAGAGGGCUGCUUCUGAAUCAACUCAUGCGUUGAUGGCUAGGUACUUCAAGAAAAUCAUGGGUUGGGAUAGAGCUGAGAUUCUAUGGAAAACUUCAUU